AAAAAGGUUCAUGCCCGUGAUACAUGUCCAAAAUACCCAAUUCUUCUUCAACCUUUUUCUGUAUCAGGGUUUUCAAAACCCUAGAGUGAGAAACAAACCCUAGAGAGAGGAACACACACACACAGAAGAACCAACAAUGGACGGAGCAUCAUACCAGAGGUUCCCGAAGGUCAAAAUCCGCGAGCUCAAAGACGACUACGUGAAAUUUGAGCUCCGAGAAACCGACGCAAGCAUGGCGAACGCACUCCGGCGAGUCAUGAUCGCAGAAGUUCCCACAAUCGCCAUAGAUUUGGUUGAAAUUGAGGUCAAUUCGUCCGUUCUCAAUGACGAGUUCAUCGCUCACCGUCUCGGUCUUAUACCGCUUACGAGCGAGCGUGCGAUGAGCAUGCGGUUCUCACGUGACUGCGAUGCUUGUGACGGUGACGGACAGUGUGAGUUUUGUUCUGUGGAGUUCCAUUUGAGAGCUAAGUGUAUUAAUGAUCAGACGCUUGAUGUUACGAGUAAGGAUUUGUAUAGCUCGGAUCAUACGGUUGUGCCUGUUGAUUUUUCGGAUCCUGGGUCUGGUUUUGAGAAUCCUGAAGAUCAAAGGGGCAUCACUAUUGUGAAACUCCGCAAAGGCCAAGAACUAAGGCUAAGAGCAAUAGCCAGAAAAGGUAUUGGUAAAGAUCAUGCAAAAUGGUCACCUGCUGCAACCGUCACUUUCAUGUACGAGCCCGAGAUUCACAUCAACGAAGAAAUGAUGGAGACAUUAUCACUCGAAGAAAAAACAAGUGUCGUUGAAAGCAGCCCCACAAAAGUCUUCGCCUUAAACCCUCAAACUCAGCAGGUGGAAGUGGUGGAUCCCGAGGCAUACACGUAUGACGAUGAAGUGCUGAAGAAAGUGGAAGCUAUGGGGAAACCCGGGCUCAUCGAAAUCUAUGCAAAAGAAGACAGUUUUAUCUUCACCGUUGAAUCAACCGGUGCAGUCAAAGCUUCUCAGCUGGUGAUCAACGCCAUUGAUGUUUUGAAACAGAAGCUUGAUGCCGUUCGCCUGUUGGAGGACACUGUUGAAGCUGAUGACCAGUUCGGUGAAUUGGGUGCUCAUAUGCGAGGAGGUUGAUUUUAGCUUAUCUUUGUUAUGUCUGAAUGUUAAUCUACCGUCAGUUUCGUUCGUAUGGAAAACUGGGAUUUUUUUUAUGUUAAUCUUAAGCAGAUUGUAGGGUGUUUUUAUUCCACUUUGGGUAGUGCAACACUGAGAUGCAGAUGAAAAGCCAUUGUUUUUGUUUAUUUUCUGAUCACCAAGUUUUCGAUAAAAGUCCCGAAUGAAAGCAUUUGUAGCGUGAGAGCACCCUUUUAAUGGAAUCGAAUCUGAUCCUAGAGCUGAAACAAA